UCAAGCACGCACUUCCUUAGUUAAGAAGCUAUUUAAGACAGCCUAACCUGAUUCUUCCAAUAUGAAAGCAGUUAAUGUCCUUGUAGCUUUUGUUAUUCUGGCUCUGUCGUCCUCUUUUGCCUUGGCCUUUGAUCCUAGUCCUCUUCAGGACUUUUGUGUUGCCAGCAAUGAUCCUAAGGAUGGCGUGUUCGUCAAUGGGAAAUUCUGCAAGGACCCAAAGCUUGCAACAGCAAAUGAUUUCUCAUUUUCAGGUCUCAACAUUCCUAGGGACACAUCAAAUCCAGUUGGAUCGAAUGUGACACUAUUAAACGUUGACAGGAUACCAGGACUUAACACUCUUGGCAUAUCCUUAGCUCGUAUAGACUAUGCACCGUAUGGACUAAAUCCACCUCACACUCAUCCUCGUGCCACUGAGAUCCUGGUGGUCCUUGAAGGCACCCUCUAUGUCGGCUUUGUGACGUCAAACCCCAACCGCCUUAUUACAAAAACAUUGAAACCGGGAGAUGUUUUUGUGUUUCCAAUUGGUAUGAUUCACUUCCAAUUCAACACUGGAAGCACUAAUGCGGUUGCUUUUGCUGGAUUGAGCAGCCAAAAUCCAGGAGCUAUUACAAUUGCAAAUGCAGUGUUUGGAUCUAAUCCACCAAUUAACCCUGAUGUUCUUACAAAGGCAUUCCAAGUGGACAAGAGUGUAGUGAACUAUCUCCAGAAACAAUUCUGGAUGAACAACCAUUAGAUCAUAAUCUUAUAUUAAAGCUUGCUGCUUCAUUUCCAUUUUGUAUUAAUCAUUAUACAUUGGUUGUAACUUGCUAAUAAUGAGAUGCUUUUAUAGCUCUGUAUGUUGAUUUCCAGUGUGCUAUAUAAUACUGCAAGUUUGUUAA